GAUUAUUGUGAAAGCAUACAGACUGUGGUGAUUGGAUCAGGAGUCACAAGGCAGGAACUUUUAUCAGUGUAUAAAAACCUUAGUUUUAUGUGGGAUAUAGGGUUUUUUUCUGCUGUGCAGCUAGAAAGCUCUCACUAAACUCUUUCACACUUAAAGACUGUCCAUUUUUCCAUCCCAGAGGCACGUGUCCACAGACCUGACUGGCCUAACACACAGACCAAAAAGUGGCUAAGAGCCGACAGCCCUGCUCACUGCCGUAUGGUCUGAGAGGAGUACCCCCUGCACCAUGUUUUUGUCCUGUAAAUGCUCAUAAAGCCCUGUGCUCAGUUCUCCUUGCCUUGCACUUUCUUCUUAUCAUUCCCUCUCUGCCUGCCUGUUUUGUGUGUGUGUGUGAGAGCAGUCUCACUGGUCAGUGAAAUUUUGGCCCUGACAUCAUCCCCCUUCCCUCUCCCUCCUCUCUGACUAUGUCUCAUGAAAGGUUUUGAAGUUUUAAAGCUGCUGUAGUCAGUGCAAAAGAAUUAGAAUUUAUAUCCACAAUUCUUUACAGGUAAAUUUGGGUGGUUAUGCUGUGUAAGGAGUGUUUUUUCACGCUGAUAAAAGUGAAUUUUUUGAAGGAUGACAGGACAAAUGUGAGAGAUUUAUCCUGUAGUUGUAAUGAAUGUAUGGGUAUGGUGACACCAUAUUAUUGCCCUUUUAAUCAUGACAUACUCUGAGAAGCUAGGCUAUGCAGUGCUACAAUCAGGUAGAGUUGAUCAGCAGAACUUAGGGAGUUUUAGGUAAAAAAACAAAAAAAAAAAAAGAGUGAUAAAAGCACAAAAACGAUACGUGUACAAGAAAAAUACAAUAAAUUUUGCACUGGAUGUUAUACCAUUUCUCAUGGACAAAUUUAUUUAUGGGGCUAACAUCAGGUAAAAUAUGUGAUAGUGUUAUAUUCAUUGGUUUGGUGAUCCCAAGAAAAGUGUGGCUGUUGUUUCUAUGUAACCCAUUUUGAGGUAACUUAAGUGUUUGAAAUACAAAUUUUCCCUUGUACCAUGAUCCAUAUAUGAUUAUAGCAAAGAAAGAUCCUAAUAUGAUGCAAUAAAUUGGUUAAAUAUGGUACGUUGAACUCUAUCAAGCAGGGAGGCACAUCAUUAAAAAUGGGCACAGCAGCGCAGCUGCUUCAUCACCUCAGCUCCACAAUCACAUGGUCCAUAAAGAGAGACUGCAUGAUUUUAUGACUGAAGAAGCAGGAUUUAUUUUAUCUAAUUUUGAUUUGAUAUCUUAUUCUUUUCAUUUUUUUGGUGAAGGAAUUAACCACCGUGCCCAGCUGCACUCCACUCUCUCAUAAAGGCCAGUGCUGAUCACACUUCUGGACAGUUUCUUCCAUGUUGGGUUUUAACAAAUAUGAGAGGUUUUUGCUUUGUAGACAAAACUUCUCAGGACUGUCCGUCAGUACAAACGCAGACAUCGUAUCUGACUCAGUUCAACCUCAUGAUUGAUUUAAUCCCUCGUUAUAAUAGAGCUGUAAUGCCAAACUAAUAUCGACUAAAUCUAAUUUCAUACAACUUAAUUUUAUGUCAACAAGAAGUAAAAUAGUGGUGUUGAUGUUAAAGUUUAAACGGGACAUUGUUUAUAAAUCCAGUGCUGUAUUUACCUUCAGAUCUUAUCAAACGGUAAAGAUUCCUCUCAUUAACAGCACAAAUUAGUUUAAAACUGAACAUUUAAUCCUAAUCCGGACACAGGAUGUCCUAUGACAUGAGGAGGUCAGCAUGUUAGGUCUUGGUGCAGAGCUGAAAGGCAUCCAAAAUUAUGCACGGAGAUGCCCCAUUUCAUGGAACUUGCAGGAAUUUCAGGGAGAUUCAGACAGAAUAGACAUGGAAAACAACUGUAGGGGCUCAUAUGUGUGCUCAAAAGUCAAGUUUUCACUCAGUAGAAGGUUUGUAGCUCUAUGAGUAGUAAGAUAGCACAGCAGUGUGGGAUAAAUCUCCCCAGGAUCCUCCUCUCUCUCUCUCUCUCUCUCUCUCUCUCUCUCUCUCUUUCUCUCCCUCUCACUUUGCCUUCUUACUUUCAAUUAUUGUCCUCUCUGGACUCUGUGCACAGAUCUCAGGCCAGGUGAAAUAAGCGUCAGAUCACAUAUCGUGGACAACAGGUUGCUGUUUUAAAGCUGUAAAGAGUCAUGCUGAAUGUGUAUUUAUAAUGAAUAUUCCAGUCUUGUAAAUUCAGCAUCAGUAGGUCCUACAAAUGUUAAAAUCUGAAAAAAAUUGCCAAACAAUACAAGGACAGCAUAUGUUUGCCUGACCUGUUUAGAUUACUUGCAAGUAAAUCAUCUGUCUAAAGUGGGUAAUUAACCCUUUUGUGUGUAAACCUGCAGCACUCAUUAAAGCCCCUGUAAAGUUUUUAAUGAUUUUAGAGCUUCAUUUUAGAAAUUUAGAGAUGUUUUAUUUGGCUGAAAUUUGAUUUAAGAGUUCAUAACACAAUGACCUGUCAUACAACAAACCUAAAUAUAGAUUCAUUUUCACUUACAGGAUCUUUAAAUUGUAAAGAUCUUAUCUAAAGGACACAGGAAGCAAACUAUUCAACAUUACUGUGUUACCUUUUUCCCGACAGGAUGACUUCUGCUGUGGUGUUUAUUUUGUUGGCCAUCUUAGAACUGACCAGCGGAUCAUGUACAAGGGGACAUGCUCCAAAUAUCGCUAGAGGUGGAACUGUCACUCAGUCAUCCAUCUAUGCUGAUUCAGUCCCUGAAAGAGCCAUUGAUGGGAGUCGUGACAGCCACUGGGGAGAAGGAACCUCUUGUACCCAAACAGAGCAAGAAAUUCGCCCAUGGUGGAGAUUGGACCUCCAGAGGGAGUACCAGAUCACCAAUGUCACCAUCACCAACAGAGUAGAUUGUUGUCAUGAGAGGAUCAAUGGUGCUGAGAUUCGCAUUGGAAAUUCACUUGAAGACCAUGGCAAUUCUAAUCCCAGGUGCAUCAAGAUAGACACAAUAGAACCAGGGGAGUCCAAAACCUUUGAAUGUAAUGGAAUGAUGGGCCAGUACAUCAACAUUUUGAUUCCAGACAGAAAUGAGCAUCUGACUCUGUGUGAGGUGGAGGUGACUGGGGAACGCACUGGAAACACUCCUCAGACUGCUCUUCCAGCUCCAAAUAUUGCAAGAGGUGGAACAGUCACUCAGUCAUCACCUUAUGGGGAUGCAGCCCCGGAGAGGGCCAUUGACGGGAGGCCGGACAGCAUAUGGACACACGGUUCCUGUACCCAUACAGAUCAUGACAAUGGUCCAUGGUGGAGACUGAAGCUCCAGAAGAAGUACAAGAUCAACACUGUCACCAUCACCAACAGAGGAGAUUGUUGUCCAGAGAGGAUCAAUGGUGCUGAGAUCCGCAUUGGAAACUCACUUGAUAACAACGGCAAUAAUAAUCCCAGAUGCACCAAGAUAAAAACAAUCGCACGAGGGAGGUCCAAAACCUUUGAAUGCAAUGGAAUGGUGGGCCAGUACAUCAACAUUGUGAUUCCAGACAGACAGGAGUACCUGACUCUGUGUGAGGUGGAGGUGACUGGUGAACCCAUUGGAAACACUCUUCAGACUGCUCCAAACAUCGCUAGAGGUGGAACUGUCACUCAGUCAUCAAUUUAUGCAGAUGCAAUCCCUGAAAGAGCCAUUGAUGGGAGUCGUGACAGCCAUUGGAGAGAAGGAACCUCCUGUGCCCACACAGAGCAAGAAAAUCGUCCAUGGUGGAGAUUGGACCUCCCUAGGAAGUACAAGAUCAACACUGUCACCAUCACCAAUAGAGAAGAUUGUUGUCAUGAGAGGAUCAAUGGUGCUGAGAUUCGCAUUGGAAAUUCACUUGAUGACAAUGGCAAUGCCAAUCCCAGGUGCACCAAGAUAGACACAAUAGAACCAGGGGAGUCCAAAACCUUUGAAUGUAAUGGAAUGGUGGGCCAGUACAUCAACAUUGUGAUUCCAGACAGAAACGAGUACCUGACUCUGUGUGAGGUGGAGGUGACUGGUGAACCAACUGGAAACACUCGACAAACUGCUCCAAAUAUUGCUAGAGGUGGGAAAGCCAGUCAGUCCUCUGUUUUUCAUGGUGGAGUUCCACACAGAGCCAUUGAUGGGAAUCUUGACAGCCACUGGGGAUUAGGAACCUCUUGUACCCACACAGAGCAAGACAAUCAUCCAUGGUGGAGAUUGGACCUUCAGAAGGAGUACCAGAUCAACACUGUUACCAUCACAAACAGACGAGAUUGUUGUCCAGAGAGGAUCAAUGGUGCUGAGAUCCGCAUUGGAAAUUCACUUGAUGACAAUGGCAAUGCUAAUCCCAGAUGCACCAAGAUAGACACAAUCGCACCAGGGAAAUCCAAAACCUUUGAAUGCAAUGGAAUGGUGGGCCAGUACAUCAACAUUGUGAUUCCUGACAGACAUGAGUACCUGACUCUGUGUGAGGUGGAGGUGACUGGUGAACCAACUGGAAACACUCCUCAAACUGUUCAAAAUAUUGCAAGACUUGGAACAGUCACUCAGUCAUCACCCUAUGGGGAUGCAGCCCCAGAGAGGGCCAUUGACGGGAGGCGGGACAGCCAGUGGAGACAAGGUUCCUGCACCCACACAGAGCAUGACAACGGUCCAUGGUGGAGAUUGGACCUCUUAAAAAAAUACAAUAUCAACACUGUCACCAUCACCAACAGAGGAGACUGUUGCUACUUUAGGCUCAAUGGUGCUGAGAUCCGUAUUGGAAAUUCACUAGAUGACAAUGGCAACGCUAAUCCCAGAUGUGCUUUGAUCUCAACAUUACAACUGGGGGAGACUAAAACCUUCAAAUGUCAUGGAAUGGUAGGCCAGUACAUCAACAUUGUGAUUCCAAACAGACGCGAGUACCUGACUCUGUGUGAGGUGGAAGUGACCGGGACUGAAGCUGUGGAUCCUGUAGAAGAAGUUUGCAACUGAGUCUCAAAUAUUUAUUUCUUAUUUUUGGGCUUCAGUUCAGUUCAUGUUUUUAAAGCAAAAAUAUACAUGCUAGAGUCCUGUAUAGGUCAAGUUUUGCAAACCUGCAUCUGCCGCUCAACCGGGUGCAAAAACCAGAGGCCUGUCUCUAUCUGUUUAAAAGCACACGGAAUAUGGUGUCACAUUCCGACAUCCUGCUAAAUAAGGGUGUGGAUUAUUAUUUUGACAUUUUCGCUUGAUGAAGGGUGGAUGAGAACACAUUGGAGCUUUAACUGAGAGAGAAAGUGUGAG